UCAUUUCCACAAACUCCCUUCACUUCCAAGUUUCAUCCCUGAAAACAUACACCUCAAACAAUCACAAGAACAUGGCCGAAAAGAACCAACAGGUUUAUCCUUUAGCACCAGCAAAUGGUUACACAAAAAGUGAUGCAGAGUCUUUGGAAUCCGCUGAUGAGCUGAAACGUAAGAAGAGAAUCAAGUUAGCCAUUUACAUUGGUAUUUUCAUUGUGUUUCAGAUCAUGGUCAUAACGGCGAUGAGUCUCACUGUCAUGAAAGUUAAGACCCCGAAAGUCAGACUAGGCAACAUCAACGUCCAAGAGCUCAACUCUGCCUCAACAACACCUUCAUUCGACACGAAAUUCUCAACCCAAAUCAAAGUCAAGAACACAAAUUUUGGUCCAUAUAGGUUUGAUGCAGCCAUUGUCACGUUUUUGUUCCAAGGUGCGACUGUCGGGCAAGUUUCUAUUCCAAAGAGCAAGGCUGGAAUGCUUUCCACCAAAAAAAUUGACGUCGAGGUGAGCUUGAGUUCAAGUGCAUUGAGCAGUUCCAAUCUUGGUAGUGAAUUGAACAGUGGGGUGUUGACUCUCAACAGCACGGCUAAGUUGACAGGAAAGGUUGAACUUAUGUUGGUAAUGAAGAAGAAAAAAUCUUCCACCAUGGAUUGUACCAUUGCAUUUGAUUUGUCAUCAAAGACUCUCAAAAGUUUGCAGUGCAAGUGAUCAGACUUGCGAGAUCAACAUUAAUUCUUGAUUUAUUAUUUUUUCAUUUUUUUUUUCACUCUUUGUGAGUUUAGUGUAUUUUCUGCAGAAACACAAUAUUAUUGCUGUACUUGUUUUCCAAAUAGGCUUUUUUUUAUUAGCACCACAUAUAAUGUUGAAUACACUCCAUUUUAAAAUUUAAUAUUAAAUGACUUAUAUAUUGUGCA